AUGAUUGCCCCCGCCGCUCUUUUGCUCGCCGCCGCCGCCCUCGUCCAAGCCGCCGAGAACCCUUACGCCAACUUCCCCUCGGUGCCCAAGACGGCGUCGAUCAACGGGUUUGCCGACCCCAUCUUGGGGCUGGUCCCCGAGUGCGCCAAGCUGUGCUUGACCGACAACGCCGACACCGGGUCCACCCCCUGCCCUUACUGGGACACCGGGUGUCUCUGUGUCAUGCCCCAAUUCGGCAACAAGAUCGCCGACUGCAUCGCCAAGCUGUGCAAGGGUGCCGACGUCAGAACCGCCACCGACGUUGCCAAGAACAAGUGCCAGGAAGUCGGCGUGUGGGAACCUUACUGGCAAAUCGGCGAUGCCCAGAAGAAGGCGUUGGACGAAGCCGCUAAGGUCGAGGCUACUACCACUGAGGACAACAAGCCCACCGAAACCUCGCAACAACAACAGCAACCCACUCAGACUUCGGAAGAACCCCAACCCACCACCGACAACAACAACAACCAAGAACAAAAAACGACUCAAGCUCCCACCUCCGAAGAACCUAAGCCCACUUCGCAAGCUCCUCAAUCGCAAUCUGCUGAACAACAACAAGGCGGCGAACAACAACAAUCGUCGGCUGCUGAACCUUCGCAACAGGAACAACAGGCGGAAACCUCGUCGUACGUCGUCCCCUCGGUCGACUUGGCUAACGGCGCCGCCGCCAUGGGCGCUGGCUCGCUCGGGGUCAUCGCCGCCGCCGCUAUGAUGAUGUUGUAA